CAACCCCUCAUUUACCAAGGCACUCCCUGAAUACUUAAGGAGCUUUCCAACUCCACACGGGCCUUAAGAGGGACUGUUUGGCUCCGCAAACAACGGAUAUCAGGGGGAAAAGACUGGAAAACUAAAACUGAAGCUCCCUCUCCUCCUUUACUGUCCUGAAAAAUAAGCGGCUCUGUUAUCACCGGGUAGGUAUCCAGAAUGUCAAUCGCCCAGGCAGCGGCCAAGGCCAUGUUAUCAGAUGCCCUGCUGCAGGACAGCUCUGGGAUAUACAGGAUCAACCACCUGGAACUGGAGCUUCCUCUGGACAAGGUCAUCAAGUAUGUGUCUGUGGGCCUCCCACUAAUGCUGGUUUGCAUGGCCUUCGCCCGCGAGAUCUCCCUGGGGCCUCAAAUCAGCUGCUUCCCUCCCAGCAAUUUCACAGUUAAGCAGGCCGACUAUGUCGACACGUACUGCUGGGAUUCUCUCAUGCAUCACGAGUUUGACGGCGACGGGAACUUUGAGGAGCGCUCGCUCUGGGUGCACAAAAUGUUUCCUUACUCUCUGUUGGCCAUGGCCAUCCUGAUGUACCUGCCGGCUCUCAUCUGGCGCCAGCUUGUCACGCCCACACUGGGCUCAGACCUGCUCUUCAUAAUAGAUGAACUUGACAAGUCUUACAACCGAUCAGUCCGACUGGCCCAAAGCAUUCUGGAUAUGCGGCAGAAUACAAGAAACCCGCUCACAUUUCAGGCCGAGCUUCAAAGAGCCAAGCGGAAGAGAUACUUUGAGUACCCCCUUCUGGAGAGAUACAUGCAGUGCAAGCAAAAUUCGUACUUCCUCGUCAGCAUGCUGUUUUUGCGGGGCUUCCUCCUCCUGACCUUUAUGACCUCUGCCUGCCUGUAUCUUGCCUACUUCCACCUUUCGGCCUUACUGCAGGAUGAGUUUAACUGCUUUGUUCGUACAGGCAUGCUGCGGGAUCAGAACUGGAUUCCUGAAUUGGUUCAGUGCAAGAUGAUUGGGCAGCUGGUCUUUCAGGUGAUAAGUGUGGUCAACGGAGCAAUCUACCUCCUGCUGGGACCCAUCGUGCUUUUUAGCAUUAUUCGACUCUUUGUUUGGGACACUAGCUUCAUCUCUGUGUAUGAGGUCCUCCCAGCCCUGGAUCUCAUCAACCGCCAACGACUAGGCUGCCCACUGAAUGACCUCAACGUCCUCUUGCUGUUUUUGCGUGCCAACGUAGCUCACCUGAAAUCCUACGGGCAGGUAAGAGCUUUGUGCUCCCUUGCGCCGCCACAAGUGGGCAACACAACAGCCGGGCAGGGCUUGAACGCAAUGCUGACGCAAGAAGAAAUGGAGGAACGCGAAGAAGCAGCGAUGGAGCUCGCUGAAGAAAUAGGGGAGGCCAAGGAGGAAGGAAAGCUCAACUUGGUGGACAUCAUGACUAUUCUGGGAGCGGCUCAGGGAAGAGUGGUGAACUGCAGUGAGAAGAAGCCCCUAAUGGAAGAAAAUAUGAGCCUGGAGCCAAACCACCAGGGGUACCAUGAGUUGAAGGAGACUGCACCAUUUAGUCAGUACUAGACCUUCAAUGGACUCAAUCAAUGUGAUAGCAAUGGGGUGGGUGGGAGUUUUAAGACGUCUGGGAGAAGAGAGGGUUGGACACCAGUUGGGGCUCAGCACUCUAGAAAAAAAAACAAAAAAACUCCUUUAGAGUUUCAGGUCAAAUUGUUCUGACUAGAAAUGUCAAUGGGAUAUGGAUUUGUCAGGUUUUAGCUUCUGGGCUUGUGUAGCUGCCACAGAUCUUUCUUCUGUCUUUCAGCAGAGACCUUAAUGUGUUUUUUAAAAAGAGUCAAAGGAAAGUUUGUGAGAAAAAAAAAAAAAAGUGGUUCUUGUAAUUGUGUUGCCAGGAUGUCACUUGUCAGGAGAAAACACUUGUGAAAAGCUCCAGCUUUCUGCUUAGUCAGUAUUUAUUUGAUGUCAAGAGACAAAAGCGCAUGUUAAAUGGAAACUGCUGUAUGAUUUUAGUACUCUGUCUGUUCAUUUUCUGUGAGAGCCACUGUAACAUUCAAUAAGUAUUACUUAUCCACCGUGUUAUGCACUUGCUUUUCUGUGACAGCUUGCUUUUAUCAUCUUUCUGUUGUUUUCUUUUCACUUCAACAUCAAAUAAAGUUCUUGGUAUCAGUAUUUUUUUUAAAUAUAUAGACAUAAAGAAA